CAAUUUGGGACAGCAUGCCGCUUUCAAACAGAGUACUCACACCGCAGCAACUUUCUGUCUGUGUCUGGAUUUAAAUUAGUAGCCUAUCUGGAGCGUUUCCACGACAGCAACACAAACGCCACAUGGUCGAUGCUGAAUCCUGAAAUGCGCACGGGACUCACCUGAGCGGACUAUAGGUUCAGAAGAAACCACUUCCAAAUAGGACUCUUUUUUUUUGGGUGGAGGGGGGAGCAUUAUCCCUAGAUUUUUAUUAAAAUGGGUGUGCUGUGGACGAUCUACAUUUUGUUCCUGGCGUGUUGUUUUGGAUUAGGUUUUGGAAGCCCCAACAGAUGCGACGAAGUCCGCAAAGUUUUCCAACUCAGGCAAAUUGGACCCAGUCAAUUAUUGACUCCAAGUCCCAGACCAGGUUCAGACCUUCAGGUGUGCAUGUCCAAGAACCUGACAUGCUGCAACAAGAAGAUGGAGGAGAAGUACCAGGUGGCAGCCCGGAGAGACAUCCAGAACCUUCUCCAGAUGUCCAGCUCCAGCCUCAAGUUUCUCAUCUCACGCAAUGUGGCUACUUUUCAAGAAACAUUUGAGGUCUUGAUGAGGCAGGCGGAGAAUCACACUAAUGCCGUCCUCCAGGAGUCGUACCGGAACAUGGCUGAUCAGUCUAUGGGCCCUGUGCGGGAACUCUUCACUGAUAUUAGUCUCUUCCUGCUGGGGUCUGAGUUCAACGUUGAUGACCUGGUACAGCGAUUCUUCGACGCACUCUUCCCGCUGGUCUACAAUCACCUCAUCAACCCAGGCCUCAGCGACAUAUCACCAGGCUACGCUGAGUGUGUAAGGUUGUCCCGCCGCGAUGCGAGACCGUUCGGUGAAGCUCCCAGCCUCCUGGCUGAUCAGAUUGCUCGCUCUGGGGUCUCCGGGAAGCUUCUUCUUCAGGCACUGCACCUCGGCAUUGAGGUCAUCAAUACCACAGACCAUUUACAGCUGAGCCGCGAGUGCAGACGGGCCCUGCUCAAGAUGCACUACUGUCCUCACUGCCAGGGCUUAACCCAGUCCAAGCCCUGCAUGGGUUACUGCCUCAAUGUGAUGCGGGGCUGUUUGGCAAGCAUGGCAGAGAUUGACACCCACUGGAGGGAGUUUGUUCGCUCACUGGAGGGCCUGUCGGCACGGAUGCAUGGACUUCAGGAUUUGGAGCAAGUGCUUCUUGGAGUUCACACGCUGCUUCAUGAUGCUGUCGGACACGCUCAGAAAAAUGGACCCCGCCUCUCAGCACAGGUACACAAACUGUGUGGCCCACCAAGCAGGAAGCCUGCGCAGUCAGUCAGCAUCCUGCACAGCAGCAGCAGAGAAUCCAUCCCUCUUAAAGCUCUUGUCAGAGUGUCAGGGGACUCGCUCGCUGUCAGGAGAAGGGAUUUUCUGAACAGUCUACGUCUCUAUCGUACAUACUACGGUGGCCUGGCGGAUCAACUGUGUGUGAGUGAGCUGGCCCCUGGUGACGGGCUGUCCUGCUGGAAUGGUACUGACGUUGUAAAAAGCUACACCCUCCGAGUGGUAGGCAAUGGGAUCAAGGCUCAGAGUGCCAACCCCGAAGUCAAAGUAAAGGGAGCAGACCCUGUAAUAAAUCAGAUCAUUGACAAACUGAAACACAUCAAUCAGCUGUUACAGGGAAAGUCCAUUCCUAAACUGGGGUCACUGGACCAGAUUGAAACAGGAAGUGGAGACGCAGAGGGACGUUACAGCGGUGACUGUGAUGAUGAGGACGGUUGUGGUGGUUCAGGUGGGGGCGAAAAUAAGAGGAAAGUCUCCCGAGUCUCCAAAUGUGUUUGUGGAUUUUUUUUAAACAAAGCUUUUUAACCACAAAUUGUAUACUGCAGCUUGUGGCGACAUGAAAGUGGACUUUGCAUGACACACCCCACUUGUCAGUAGAGUGACAUAUGACAGGCAGGUUUUGUGUCCUCCCUCUUCAUCUCCUCUGAAAAUUUCACUCAGCCUUCAUCCUCAGACCUCCAAGGUCAUCCUUAGAUGUGCAUCAGCAGCCCUGGCAUACUCACACGCUGCUCUCCCAUCAUCCCUCCUCUCUGCCUGCCUGCCCUGCCAGGCAGAAAAAAUCUACUGUAUGUCUGCUGCAAAAGCCCUCAUCUCACACUCUUUCUCAAUAGUAUGCACACCCACAACCACAUCUAUACACAAGCAUGCAUGGGCACAUACUCUCACAUAAACACUCGCUGAGAGAAACACGUCAGGUGAACCGGUGAAAAUCUGAGUUGCCCAACAGGAACAAGGUGUCUGAAUCUACUCAGACUGAUGUUCUGUGUUGACCUUCAGUGAUAAUGGAUGAGAAAUAAAGGAAAGGGCUGAGACACAGGCAGGAAACAUUGCUGCAGCAGCUUGAUGUUUGUCAUGGUCACGAAUGAAGAGGACCGGUUUGAUGAUGUUACAUUUUGAGGUUAAAUAGUGGUUGUGAUUUACUGCAAAGCAGCAGUUACAUUAUCAAUAAAAUCAUGGUUUCUCAAUCGA